AUGGCUGGGGUGGCUGGUCUCGUGGUGAUGCAGACUGGGCCCCAGGUCACCGUCGGCAAGGUUGAGUACAUCUGGGAGAAGAUUGCCAUCGAGAUUGACCGCGUGAGACUGGCCGGCCACAACCAGACGUGCUCAUUGUUGCGCCAGCCGCGACGCAAGGACUGGAACCGCCAAGACCCCGGAAGUCGUGGUACUUCUGCAGGAGAUUUGGAAUAUGGCGCUUUGGACGACCACAUCAAGCAGGUGGACAUGCUGGAGUGGCGGAUGAAGCAGGAAAUCAUCGCGACGGACGGCCAAGCCGGUUGGGGGAGGGGGGGGCGCUUCAACGAGUGCUCGACCAAGGACUUCCUCGCGAGAUACGAGGACGGCAAGACGGCCACCAAGUUGUAG